UGAUCGGUUUCGCAACAAUCAGUUUUGAAGCGCAGCUUAAAACGAGCUGAUCUACGGAUCGGAAGAAUAAAUUCAUUUAAAGAGGUUUUCAGCCAGGAAUAGCAGAUAAGAAAUAUGGCGAUCAAAGCCACGCUUUUACUCCUGUUAACGGGCUAUCUCUUAGCUGCUCAGACCCUUGCACAGGAUUACAAUUCCUGGCAGCGAGAGCAACAAAUGCGUCACUUUGCCCAAUCACCGCAGUUGGGACCGCGUUCACUAGCCUCAAGCAACCGGCGGCAGCAGAACAACCUUCCCGCAAACAACCCGCCAAACAAUCAAAACCAAGAACCCCUAAACUUGGUGGAGGAGGUGGAUAUGAACAAGCGUGAGCCCACUACACCCCCGCCACCACCCACUCGUCCUGCGCCGCCGAAUAGCUACAAGGAACGCUUCAGCGCCAAGCUCUUCCAGAAGAUCGUGAGAACCCAGGGGCAGCGCAACGUGGUCUUCUCGCCCUUCUCCGUCCACGCCCUGCUGGGCCUGCUAUACGGCGUUUCCGAUGGCAAGACAGCCCGUGAGCUGCAGCAGUUCGCCGGGUUUAGCAACAAUCAACUGGACGUGGCCCAGGAUUUCAAGAGGGUCAUCCAGCUGAAGGAGCAUCUCCAGGCUGCUGAGCUGACCGUGGCCACCAGGGCGUACUACAACCAACAGCUGAGUGGCGUCAAUCCCGGCUUCGAUAAUUACGCCAAGUUCUACUUCAACGCCGCCUCGGAGCCCGUUGACAUGCAGAACGGCAAGGAUACGGCGGACAGGAUCAACGUCUGGGUUUCCGACAGCACGCGGGGCAAGAUCCGCGAAUUGGUCGGCUCCUCCGACAUUGAUUCCCAGACACAGGCGCUCCUGGUGAACGCCGUCUACUUCAAGGGUCGCUGGGAGCACGAGUUCGCCAUCAUGGACACGCAGCCCUACGAAUUCCGGCACACCGACGGCCGAACCACCCCGGUGGCCAUGAUGUACAACGACGAUAUCUACGGCCUGGCCGAGCUGCCCGAGCUGGACGCCACCGCUUUGGAACUGGCCUACAAGGACAGCGAGACCAGCAUGCUGAUCGUGCUGCCCAACCAGCCGAACGGACUGGCCAACCUGGAGCAGCAACUGUCGCUGCCCGAGUUCAAUCUGAACCAAAUCGCCCACCGCCUGCGCCGCCAGUCGGUCCAUGUGCGCCUGCCCAAGUUCCAGAUCGAGUUCGAGCAGGACAUGACCGAGCCCCUCAAGCAGCUGGGCAUCCAGCAGAUGUUCACGCCCAACUCGCAGGUGACCAAGCUGCUGAGUGCGCCGGUGCGCGUGAGCAAGAUCCUGCAGAAGGCCUACAUCGAUGUGGGCGAGGCGGGAACCGAGGCCUCGGCGGCUUCCUAUGCCAAGUUCGUGCCACUGUCCCUGCCGCCGAAGCCCAAGGAGUUCAUCGCCAACCGGCCGUUCGUCUUCGCCAUCCGCACCCCCAACGCAGUGCUCUUCGCGGGUCACGUGGAGAAUCCCACGCCGAUGACCGCCAGAAAUGAGCCACAACCCGAUGGCUACAACAGGAAUUAGGUAGAGCCCUGUGCCGCUGCAUUUGUGAAAGAAAAACGUAACAAUAAAGUAAAACGCUGUAUUUAUGGAAAA